AAAAAAUUAUUAUACAAAGGCAGCCAUAUUGAUAAUUAUACGAACAUGAGGAAGUUGCCACGACAUAACCGUGGUUUAAGACAUUUGCAGCCAGUUUACAGUGUACAAAAUUUUAUAAACAUUCGCUACAUACUAAUGUUUUCAUAAGUUUAGAUUGCAAAUUUAAACAUAUAUGUUCUAUUUUACUCAAUUAACUUUUCAAAAUCAAGUACGGCUACAAUGAGUAACGGGCUUGAUAAAAAUCAAUUGACCGCCGUAUUGCAGGUGUUGAAGAAAUACAAUUUAAAGGAAACCGAAGAACAACUGAGAAAGGAAGCGAACCUUACUGAUCAAGUAGAUCAACAAGAUUCAGAUGUAAGCAGCGUGCUCACUGGAUAUAAAAGCGAUGGAGACCCGGAAACCUACGAAGGCUCUUACAUCGAGUUGAAACGCUUUGUAGAAAACUCCCUUGAUAUUUACAAACAUGAAUUGGGAAUGAUUCUAUACCCUGUGCUGGUUCACAUGUAUCUUGAGCUGGUUUACAAUGGGCAUACUGAUAAAGCAAUCUCACUGAUGAAAAAGUUUGGUCCAGAGCAAGAUAUUUACUAUCAGGACGACUUGAAAAAACUAGCUAUGGUAACCAGACGAGACCACAUGAAUGGAAAUGAAUUGACUGAUACGUUUAAAUCGAAUCAGUUUAUUAUCAGAAUGUCCAGAGACACUUUAUCUCUGUUAAAGCGACACGUACAUGACAAGAAAGCAUCGGUGUUAUUGAACAUCGUGCAAGAGCAUUUGUAUUUUGAUAUGUAUGAAGGAGUAGCCAGAAACAAGACGCAAAUUGAUGCCACAUCUGGAGCUGUUGGUGGCGAAGCUAAAAGACAAGACAACAAGAUAAAGGUAUACUAUGGAAUUCCCAAGGCCCCAGAUAUUCAGAUACUAUCAGCGCCAGUUGAAGAUGAAGAGGAACCGGCCGAACAGGAGAGUCCUGAUAAACCGAAAAAGAAAAAGUCGAAAAAGGAUCCUUUGCUUUCUAAGAAGACUAAGUCUGACCCAAACGCACCUCCACCGGACCGGAUUCCCAUACCUGAUUUAAAGGACAACGAUAAAAUGGAGAAACUGAGAGCCUUGCGCGAAACUUCCAAAAGAACCAAUUUAGGACCGGAGAAUCUACCCUCAUGCUGCGCAUAUACUUUGCUGAAUGCUAAUUAUAAUGUUUGCUGCGCAGAAAUAACAGAGGACUCAAGCAUGCUUGCUGUCGGCUUUAAUGAUUCGAUCAUUAAAGUGUUUACGUUGGUUCCACAAAAAUUGAAAUCUAUGAAGUCCGCUGAUAAGUUACAAGAAGUGAAUAUUGAGGCUGAGGAUGUGUUGGUCAGAAUGAUGGAUGAAAGAUCAGGAGAAUCUGCUAGGAGCCUUUGCGGCCACAAUGGCCCAGUCUAUUCAGUGUCGUUUUCACCGGACAGAUCGCUAUUGCUAAGCUGUUCAGAAGACUCCACUAUCAGGUUGUGGAGCCUGCAAAUAUGGACCUGCUUGGUCGUUUACAAGGGCCACAUGUUUCCAGUGUGGGAUGUAAAAUUUUCCCCAGUUGGUUAUUACUUCGCUUCUUGUUCGUACGAUAGAACGGCGCGCCUUUGGGCCACUGAUCAUUAUCAGCCUUUGCGGAUAUUCGCUGGACAUUUUUCUGAUGUUGAUUGCAUUCAGUUUCAUCCAAAUUCGAACUAUGUUGCUACUGGCUCAAGUGACCGAAGAGUGUGUUUGUGGGACAUAACCACUGGGAAUCAUGUGCGACUGAUGACUGGCCACAAACAGCCUAUUCAAUCUUUGGCUUUUAGUAUUUGCGGGCGCUUUUUAGCCUCAGCCGGCACCGACUGCAGAGUGUUAAUUUGGGACCUCUCGCAUGGGCACUUGGUUGCUGAAUUGACUGGUCAUAGUAAAACGAUUCAUUGCCUAGCAUUUAGUAGGUGUGGAAAUAUUUUGGUGUCAGGAGGGCUGGACUGUUCGGUGAAAGUGUGGAAUUUUACAAAGUUAACUGAAGAAAUUAGCUCAGAAGAUGUGAAUAUUUCUCAUAAUCCUGACGUGAAAACUGGUGAUGAUUACUUACUGAGAACCUUUCAAACGAAGAAUUCGCCACUUAUUAAUUUGCAUUUUACCAGAAGAAAUUUGAUGUUGGCUGUGGCUGUAUUUGACGGAAUCGCCAGUUAAAUUGUCUGGCCCUUUUCGAUAGGGAAGAAGUUAAUUUCGCGUAUUAUUAGCGAACUGUACAAUUAUUGAAUGCAAUACUGUUGUAAAACUGCGCCAAGUGUGUUUGAAUAAAUCAACCAAUCUAUAUUCAGCA